AUGAACGAUCAAGAUCUCAUGGCUAUGACAUGCACCCUUCGCCUCGAGCGUGAUAUUGCACACGUCAGGGGAGUAGAACAAGUAACACUCACCAAAGGCACGCCAGUCCAGAUGUACAAACUGCUCGACUUAGCAACAGCAAUACCCUCUGUCCAAGUAAGGAGAGCUAUGGUAAAGGCAACUCUGGAAUCGCGAGACCUAAAAAUCCCUUUGCUCAAGCGCACAUUUACCCAAACAGCUUCAACCCGAGCUGUUCCGUUUGUCAUCUGUUGGGUGCUGAGUCUAGAUGAUGAAAUUCGGGUCGCAACACGGAUCCGAAAGGCAGCUGAGUUUUGUGUCGAAGAUCUCAAACGACAUGACAGGUCCAACCAAAGUUUGGAUACCAGUGUACCGUGGUAUGAGAGUUCGGAUUGGUACAAGGCGUUUAGCCUUCAAAUACUUAAGAAUGGGCGUCUUCGUCUUCGUCUGGCUGGAUCCCCUCUUCCUCCCGCCGGUUUCUUCUUCACAGGUCCCAAACAACUUGGACCACGCCCCGCCAUGGCCAACGGCAAGGCUAUCAUCUUCUGUUUCUUCGUCGCCUUUGGUGGCUUUCUCUUCGGGUAUGACAUUGGUGUCAUCUCAGGAUGUCUCAUUAUGCCAGAUUUUAUCGAACGCUUUGGUGUUCAACACCCAGAUGGAACAUGGGAGUUGGAUGCCCACAGGCAGAGUAUAAUUACGAAACGUUCGUCGGUGCCAUCGGUCAAGCUUUCUCCUCGGAUCGUUUCGGGCGACGAUGGUCUAUCUUAUUUGGUGUGCUAUCUUUACUGCCGGUGUGGCCAUCCAAACCGGGACAGAAGGAGCAUUGCACAGAUAUCCGUUGGUCGUUUUAUUGCGGGCUUGGGUGUAGGUGCCAUGUCGGCUAUUGUCCCACUUUACAACGGAGAAACCGCACCCAAGAAGAUUCGCGGUGCGUUGUUGGUGCUUUACCAGCUUCAAAUCAUUGCAGGGAUCUUCUUGAGUUAUAUCCUCGACUUUGCGACGCAUAAGAUUCCCGGUUCGGCAUCGUGGCGUAUCCCAGUCGGGCUCCAACUUUUGUGGGGCUUGAUCCUGUGCGGUGGAAUCCUGUUUUUGCCUGAAAGCCCUCGUUAUCUUCUGGGCCAAGGACGCGAACAGGAAGCCCGCGAAGCUAUCUCUGCUGUUAAUGGCUAUGCUCCAAAUGAUCCUUUCGUGGAUGACAUUGUUGAGGAGCUUGAGAUUGGUAUUCGCGAAGAAAAUGAGGGAGGUAAAGCAACCUGGGCAGAGUGCUUCUCGACUCGUAACAAACUCUGGAUGCGUACGGGUAACGGAAUGAUGCUCCAGUUUAUUCAGCAAUUGAACGGUCAAAACUUUUACUACUACUACGGUGACACUUUCUUCAAGAGUGCCGGUACCGAUUUGUCUCCCUACAUUAUUCAGAUCAUCCUUGGUGGUGUGUCAUUCGUAGGAACUUUCCCUGCCUUAUAUCUCAUCGAGAGUUGGGGUCGUCGCCGCUCUCUACUCCUUGGAGCUUUCCUCGAAGGCACUUGCUCGCUCAUUGCGGGUCUCGUCGGCCACUUUACACUCGCACCCGCAGACACCCCAAUCGAUAAGCUUACCGCUCGCAAUCGUGCGGGUGGCGAUGUCUUGAUUGCCUUCGCGGUUCUGCACGUCUUCUCGUUCUCUAUCUUCUGGGGUCCAGUUCCCUGGGUAUACCUUGGCGAGUCGUUCCCAUUGCGCGUACGUUCCAAAGCCAUUGCGCUCGGAAGUGCUACCAACUGGAUCUGGAACUUCCUUCUAUCAUUCUUCGCGCCGCGUAUCGCUAAAGAUAUCGGCCCACUCAUCUUGCUUAUCUUCUUCGGCAUGCUCACCUUUGGCUUUGUUUACGUCUGGUUCUGCAUUCCCGAAACCAGAGGACUUAGUCUGGAAGAAGUCGACGAGAUGUAUCGGACCGGUGUCAAGCCUUGGCAUUCGGCUGAUUGGAAGCCUCACCAGAAACACUUGACGCAUACAAGUCAUCCCGAGACUGGGACUCCUACGGAAAAGCCCACGAUUACGGAGAAUGAGAGGGCUGCUUGA